UGAUAAUAAUAAUAAUAAUAGAUUUAAAAAAUGAGAUAGUCAAGAUGUCAAAAGUCUCAAGACCAAGUCUAUGUUUGCUUUGUAUUCAUAACUUUAAAAUGACAACGUUGUUUGUUUGUUUUACGCAUCGAAUACGCCGUUUAUCCCAGACUUUAACUGAUGAGGCAUGAAAAUUGUAUAAUGCCCAUGUUGUACACUGUGUUCUCGGCCGCUUCCCCGCCCACUCUCUCUGUGUGAUCAUAUGAUCUUGACUCCACUUCCUCAAACUGUUUUUGUUCAGUCUGAACAGUCUCCUCUGUCGUCUGCAACAGCAGCAGGAAGCUAUAGCUACCGAGUCUCUGACACAGUUCGCCGGUAGUUAACGUGGACAUGGAGCAGCAGCAGCAGCAGCGGCGGCGGCAGCAGUCCUGUGGAGGUGGUAGCGGUGUCUUGAGCGUCAUGGCGGGCAUAGGUAGAGGCGGAACCCGGCGAAAGGGACACACUGCUGCCCUGUCCCUCUUUGCUGUACUCUCGGUGUUGUUCACCUGCUGCGUUAGGUGCGUGGAUGGCGUUAAACCCAGCAACGUUGUUCUCAUCCUCACCGACGACCAGGACGUUUUCCUGGGCGGGAUGACACCCAUGAAAAAAACAAAAGCCCUAAUAGGAGAAGCAGGAGCAACAUUUGUCAACGCUUUCACAGUGACGCCUCUGUGCUGCCCCAGCAGGAGCAGCAUUCUGACGGGGCAGUACCCUCACAACCACGAGGUGAGGAACAACUCCCUGUCUGGAAACUGCUCCAGUCCUUUGUGGCAAAAAGGUCCCGAGUCCAUGGCCCUGCCCGUCUACCUGAACAAACAGAAGUAUCAGACAUUCUUUGCCGGGAAAUAUCUCAACCAGUAUGGUGUGGGAGAUGCAGGAAGCAUCACCCACAUUCCUCCCGGCUGGGACCAAUGGCAUGCACUGGUGGGGAAUUCGCAGUACUACAACUACACACUGUCUGUAAAUGGCAAAGAGGAAAAGCACGGGGACAGUUACGAAAAGGACUACCUCACCAACCUCAUAGCAAACCGGUCACUUAAGUUCCUGGACGACCGCAGCCCCCAGCAUCCCUUCUUCCUGAUGUUGUCUACUCCGGCGCCUCACUCACCGUGGACAGCAGCUCCUCAGUACCAGAAAGAGUUCAGCAAUGUUAAAGCUCCUCGAGACGGCAGCUUUGACAAACCAGGAAAGGAUAAACACUGGCUGCUGCGUCAACCUGUCAACCCCAUGUCAAACAGCUCACUGACCUUCUUGGAUGAUGCGUACAGAAGAAGGUGGCAGACGUUGUUAUCUGUAGAUGACAUGGUGGAGGUGCUGGUCAAAAAACUGGACAGUAUAAAGGAGCUGGACAACACCUACAUCUUCUACACCUCAGACAACGGCUACCACACAGGUCAGUUUUCUUUACCCAUCGAUAAGAGGCAGCUGUAUGAGUUUGACAUCAGGGUCCCACUCUUGGUCCGGGGUCCUGGCAUCAAACCGAACCAGACGUUGAAGGCUCCAGUACUGAACAUUGACCUGGCUCCAACCAUACUGGAUAUAUCUGGGCUCAACCUGUCGUCUGCGCACAUGGAUGGACAGUCAUUCCUCGGACAGAUGGCUCCAUCACUACGUAACGCCUCCACACAUCCUUUCUUCCUUAUUGAAUACACUGGAGAAGGACAUCUAACAAUAGAUCCUGCUUGUCCUAAAGUAGGCCCUGGACUGUCUCACUGUUUCCCAGACUGUGUGUGUGAGGACGCCUACAACAACACAUAUGCCUGUGUCAGGACCCUCGACAGCCAGGAUGACCUACAGUACUGCGAGUUUGCAGACAGCGAGUCGUUUGUGGAGGUGUACAACCUGACCACUGACCCACACCAGCUGGAGAACAUUGUGAAGAAGGUGGACCCUGCAGUCCUGCAGAUCAUGAACCAGAGACUCAUCAAGCUGCAGUCCUGCGUAGGUGACAGCUGUCGUGGUAUCAAGUAAAAAAAAAAGAGAGGGAGAUUAGGCUUCAGAGGGUUUACUUGUGUUUCCAAUCCAAAGAUGCUGCCAAACACCCACUAUAUCCCACCCGUGCACCUUUCUCCUGCGUGAUUCCUUCAGGGUUCUUUGUUUUUCGACCCCAACUGUUUCCAGUUGAGCCAUUUUAAUCCUGGACUUCUCUGUAGUGUGGGACACCACACAGUCAUAUGGACAGUAAUCAGUUGCCGUGAUGUAGUGGGUGGUGUUGAUUAUUUGUAAGAGUUAGUAUUUUCAUACCUCCGCGCUCUGCAUUUCCUGGUCCUUUGCCACAUGCCUCCUUCACUGCCGACUCCUCUGUCCUCUGCCUCGAACCAGUUUGAUGCCUCACUUUUGUGAAGGUCGUGGUUGGUCUGCGUUACUGAUUCCACAUUAGAAAUGUGAACAGUGGAUAUGUGAGGGAGAAGUCGGUUUGUCUUUUCAAAGGCUGCUCCAGUAUUAAAGCAAAGGAAACGACCAAAGGCUGCGCUUUUCUGCAGUCACAGUUUCUUUUCUUCGCAACUUGAAAAUAAACCCAUGUCCUGUCAUCUCAUUAUAAAGCCAGCUGUAGGCCCAACUUCAAUGAUGGAGAACAGCUUACACAGAACAGUCAAAAGCAGAGGUUUUCAACAUGGGGGUUGUGGAACUUUUUGUUGAACCAUAAUUUUUUCUUCCCACAAAUUUGAAAGUCUUUGAACAUACAUUGUUAGUUGACCAGGUGUGUUUAUGAAAUGGUGUCACAGCCGCCCUGCUCACACUACCUUGGCAUGCUUCAUAUAUAAACAGGAAUAUAUGAACUUAAAAAAAAAAGCAAGUUUAUACAUGGCAACAUAAUUUUAUGCUGCUGUUUCAUUUUCACACCUGUUGGUGUUGACGCAGCAAUGGUUAUUAAUGAAAAACCAUUCAAACAAGCUCAAUUUAUUAUUUAACAUAAAUGUGGAAAUGUAAUGGAUAUAAACAUAAACAAAGCUGCCAGCUUGCGUCUAAUGCUAAGUUAAUAAAAUAAUGGGUUCAAUGGAUGGAUGUUAUUGUUUAAAUUUAAGAUGUUUAUAUUUGUGGGGGGAAAAGGGUGUGCUGGGUUUAAAACGUUCAAUUGUCUAAUGAACCUAAAAAAAAAUCCACAGUCCUGCUGUAAUACCUUUGUGGAUCCCCUAGGUGUCGUGAAUCUCCUGUUGAAGACCUAUGUAGUUGUGGUUCUCUGCUCCAUCAGUUUGGCUGCCCUAACCCUGGACUAAUGUAGAAGCCUUUUCCCCAGCAGCACCCUUAGUCCUAAAGUCUUUUAUUUAUUCAGGCAUGUCGUGACAUUUUUGCAGGCUGACUGAGAGCACGGGUCUGUCAUUGUGACAAGACUAGGAAUUAAACAAAAACAAAUCACAAAAAUCAAUAAAACAGGUUUUACUGGUGAACGGUUAAACUGGUCUGAACUACUGUUCUCCUCACUGUCCUGUCCUUUACUAUCAGCGUUAGGAAAGAAGUAAGAAAUGUAGUGUGGUCCAGUUUUCAGAGGAAUGUCAACCACUCCCCACCGGUUCCUACAGCCAUUUCUCUUUAUAUUAAAUCUGUUUAAAGUGUGUGUUUUUCCCGGUUGUUAUUGUUGUGCCUCUGAUUUUAAACCGUACGAAACUGUUUGAAAAUACUUUUAAUCUGUGUUUAAUUUUGGACAACAGUUUACGGCAGGAGCGGUGAUGUUGUCGGAGGAUUUAAAAGAAAAAAAAGUAGGAAUUGCUUUUGAGAGGACGUAGUAAAGGGAAAGCCUGUGUGGUCUCUUGUGCCUUUUUGCACUUGCAAAGAGCAUGUGCCUUCAAUGUGAAUGUAAUUGCACUUUGAUUAAACUGAACGAAAUAAAAGCAUAUAAUUAAUUGUCAUUUGUAUAUCUUUACAGAAAUAUAUAGUAAUAAAAAUGUGGCUUGCCAACAG